AUGGGCGAUGGGGUAGAAGAAGAAGGGAGGUCAAACACAAAUCAGAAAAGAGUUGAAGAAGAUGUUGUACCCGACGAGCGGCAAGAAAGAAGAUCGCCAGAGAGGAAUCAGCAACAGGAUCCACAGGUCAGCAAAAAAAGUCCCAACUUCUCUCUCCACCUCUCGCAUGAACAGAUCAUGGAGGAAUUUCCUUCAUCAACAAAAAGAAGAUAG